AGUGUGCCGCUCCGUUCGUGCCAGCCAGCUGUUAGAAGGUAAAGGAUCUGAGCUCUUCUUCCAUUGAAGGCAAUGCGCAUUGGACUGCCCGGUGCAGAAUCCCUGCGAGGUGGAUCAUUGAAAGCUUUAGUUGUGACGGUGCUCCUGAGUGUGUUUAUGUUCCAGCUGCUGAGGACUGUUGGACUGAGGGCGUUUUCCAUGGCAUCUGAGACGUACACGUCGGGCACACACUCUGCCGCUUUCGUCACUUGUCCGAACGACACAGUGGCCAAAGACUUGGCAAGGGGAAUUGUGGAAAAGAAGCUAGCUGCUUGUGUCAACAUCGUCCCAGCAAUUACAUCUGUAUAUGAAUGGCAGGGUAAGAUUGAAGAGGACAAUGAAGUGCUACUGAUGAUUAAAACAAGAAGUUCCAAAGUGCCCGCUCUUGCCGAAUAUGUCCGCUCUAACCAUCCUUAUGAGGUGGCCGAGGUCAUCAGCCUGCCUAUCGACCAGGGCAACCUGCCCUACCUCAAGUGGAUCGGAGAAAUAGUCCCUGAGUAAGGAUGAAUGAAUUAUAAUUCAUGGGUGGAUGUUUAAAAAACGUGCAUACACACUCACAGUUUCCCUGCAAAGAGAAAUCAAGAUUGUCCAGAUCUGUGAAAAUACAUUAGAGCAAGAGUCACAAGACAAAUGCCCAUCAUGUGAAUAAGUUGGGCGCUUUAAAAUGAUUAAAAUAAAAACACAGCUAAAAUAUGUCAUUUUUGCUGCGUUUCACAGUUGAGUCCUGUUAGAGCUAAAUGUGUUUCUCUCCCUGUAUGUUUAACACUAGAGGGCAGCCUUUGUCUUUAAUUUUCAAAGUGAUCCAGGUGCAGAAUAAACUGCUGCAGCCUGUCUGAAGCUGCCACUAAAAUGUUUGAAAUGACAUCAGUUACAUUUUUCAUUUCAUUUGAGAAAGACACAUUUUUGCAAUAAACUGAAGGAUUAUUUUUUAAUUGUUUUCAAGUCUGUCUUGGUGAACAACAUACAGUAAAAUUGAGGUCAUGGUGACAAUAUUUCAAUAGGUACAUGUAACGUCCAUAUUACAUACUGUAUACAUAUAGACAGCGCAGUAGUCCAAGUGACACAAUUGCAUACAACAAGUUUUAUAAAGAGACAAAAAAUAUUUACAAAGUAAUAUCAAUCGUAGUGCAGCAUGGUGGUUAAUGCUGUCACCUCCCAGCAAAAAGGUUCUGUUUGAGGUUUACAUAUUCUCCCCAUACCCUCACGGGUUAUCUACAGUGUGCUCCGGUUUCCUCCCACAUGCUAAGACAUGCAUGUCAACUUAAUUGGAGACUUCAGAGGAAUAAAGUGACAUUCAAUACGUUCACAUGAUGUUCGAAAAAGUUGAAUUAUUGUGUUAGUCUGACUAAAACUGGACUUUUGUAAUACAUGUAAACACGUUAGUCAGACUGAAAUCACUCUGAGUCAAAUUUCGCCUCAGACCCAAACUGGCUUAGGCAUUCUCUGCAUGCUCCAUAGUUCCUGCUCUGUGCUUUGGCUGCAUACAUUUGUAGAAGAAAGCUGGGAAAAAACGAAAUUAGAAGAAAAAAAGACGAAAACAAGAAAAGAUAGUGCUUAGAGUACAUACUGUAACACAAUAUAGGUUGACCAGCUGAAGGUCCAGUAGCAACUAGCUGAAAGGGGGCAUAUUGCCACAUACCAUUGCGGAGCUGGACAUACCUCUGUCAUUAAGUCAGUCCUCUCCCAGGGCUUGUAUACUGGGACAAGGACGACGGCAGAGUGGAGCUUUAAUCGUAGCUCGACUAAACUGUGCAUGUUUACAUACUGAGUGGUUGCCUGUAUGUAUGUGUCUGUAUGGCUGCAGCCCCCUCGCAACCUUACAAAAGGAUAAGCCGGUAUAGCUAAUGGAUGAUGUUUAGAAUAUCAUCUGUAAACAUUUAUUUAGCCCGCUCUCACCCCUUUUCACUUGGCUUUGUAUUUUACCAGUGCUCUGACAACAUUCAAAUAAUAUAUUUGAAUACAAACACUGAUUCUAGAAAACAAUCUGAAAAAAAAACAAACAAGUAUGCAACAAAUUAGCUUGAUAUUAGGGUUUACCUGAAUACUCAGAUGGAAUGAGUACCCGGUACAGAUAAAGUACUUUAUAAGAGUAGCAGUAUCAUCUGAGUACAAUGUGUACAUAUCUGCUCUCAUGAUGAUGGAAAAUCCUCAUUUGGGUUGCUGUGUUCAAUCUCUUAUGAUCAAAAAUGCUGUCUGUUAAAUUCAUUUGUAAUAAAUUAUAUCACAGCUUAUCAACCCAUAUCAUUUUAAGGCAAAAAUAACAUUUUCAGGUUAGGUCCCACCCUUUUCCGCUUAAAGCCCAGCACACGUCCAGUUUAAACCCCGUCUGCUCCAAUUACAAACACGGACACGGACAAUUUAGCUGAUUGAACAGAUACAGAUAGCGGUGUAGUUGCUCAUCCCUGCACAAUAUAACCUGCAGAUGUGAAAUUUGACUUCAGUGUUUGAACCUUAAUUAAAUUAGACAUAAAAUAUAAAAUUCACAAUACAUCACAAAACGCACACCUACUAUUUAAGCCGUCAUAACCAACAGAUUUGCUUUACCUUAAAGUAAGAAAGCAGAGA